AUGGCCGAUUCGGUAUUUCCUCCUUCCUCACAGCUCACACCCUCUCAAUGGGUAGCUCGCAGCCGCAGACCCAGAUCUCCAGAUGGGGACCGGAUCAUUUGGCAAGCGUCGCAGAGCGCUUGUGACCCUCUCAACAAACUCAUUAGUUUGGAGGCUUCCCAGACCCGGAGACUCCCCAGCGUUCCCGUGUUGCCUGGAUUCAGCGAGUCAUCGUUCCUUCCUCGCGACCUCUCGAAAGAGGCAUCCACUUCGACAAUAGAAUCAUCCAUCGGGCCCUCCCGAAAUAAGCGUGCCCGACCUUCCAAAGCGCCGCGCCACCAGAACAAAGAGGAGGAGGACCUAUCCCAAGGCGGCGACCCGAGUGAUUUCUACGCUGCCCUGCGCGGUGUCAUGGAGUAUACGUCGGCGAAGGCACAGAGGCGGGCGUCGACGUCCAGGACACAAGAGCGUGCUGUGCCAGUUGCAAGCCGGCCGCCCCCGCAAAGGGUACACUCUGAAGGCACUGUCGUCGGAUCCGAUAGAAGUGGGAAUGCUAGACGAGGGCGUAGUCCGCCGCGGACCUCCGCCGUUUCAGGUGCGAGUAAGGCCACAACCGUAGACAACCGUCACAUGGUGGUGGAUGUGGAUAAGCAAGCCUCGGGUAGGGGCGCCAGUACGAAUCGCUCACGUCCUCCAUCUGCCUCACCGUGCCCAACCACUGCACCAUCCUCUAUCUCCCUGCAGCCUGUGGCAACAGUCAGGGCUUCCAGCAGUAGUUCCGCCCCCGCUCUACCUACUCGUCCACCGAUCGAAAAUCGAAAUCCUAUCGAACCAAAGACGCGAGUCUCUGGAUCUCCGCUGUCGUCGACAAAUCAACCGUCUCCGCAGCCCACCCAACCGAAGGCCCCCCAAGCUCCGCGCGCUUCACAACGACCUCCCGCUCUCGGCAUGCGCCCCAGGGGGUAUAACAUCGGUGCAAAAAGCCAUUCGGCGUCCGUCUCCCCAGAGCUCCCAACGAAAAGGAAGGGGUUCAAAUCGCCCCUCAUCAACGCCAGCCAGGCGCCGCGAAAGAACACCCCCGAGCCACACCAGAAACCCCUUCUGGAGGCUUACCAGGGCGACGCUGCGCCGCCUUCCCCUCCUGCUGGGGUUGACUCCAGUUUCGACUUCGACUCGUCUUGGGAUAUGGAACUGUUGCACGAGAGCCUCAAGCAAUACGACGCUUAG